GCGCACAACAAGGUCAGAAAUGCAGGCGCCACAAUGGAUUCUACAACUACUUUAUUUGACAAUGCCUACUACAAGCUGCUAAUGAAUGGCAAGGGCCUUUUUUCUUCAGAUGAAGCCCUUCUCACAAAUUCAAGGACCAAAAGACUAGUUUCAAAGUAUGCUAGCUCUCAGGACGAGUUCUUUAAAGCAUUCGCUAGUUCUAUGAUCAAGAUGAGUAGUAUCAGUGGUAAUGGACAAGAAGUUAGGCUGGACUGCCGAUUUGUUAGGUGAUCGCCUUGUUAAAACAAUUUAUUUCACUCGCUCAGGCCAUUUAAUUAUUGUAGUUGGCGAGCUUUGAUUUGUAUUCAUUUUCUUGAUCGGUAAAGUGUGUGAUUGUCAGCAAAAGAAGAAUUGGUGAAGUGUUUAUAACAACAUGUUUGUCUUGUUUC